GCCAUAAGAUCUCAGGGCUGUCUCAGCACCAGCAGAGGAAUCACAGCAGCGAGACUUUAAACAGAAGAGUGACGGACUGCUGUUAUCAGAGGCUGAGCGUGAAUUCUAAUCAGGAGCUUGCGUGGGCUCUUGUGGUGACCAGUUUGUUUGAGGGAAGAAAUAUCCUCAUCCCAUUCUCUUCCAUUUCCUGCAUGAUCACGGAGCAACUCAUCUUCAUCUGUAAAGUGGAUGUAGUUGUCUGAUCAAGUCUUGCCUGCGGACUGUACCACAAGCAUAUUUUUAGUCACUAACCUCUCCUUCUGGAUCUAUUCUGUGCCUUGAUAACACUGGUCUCAGAUUGGGAUGAGGUCUCGCAGCAGUAGUGCGGAAUGUGCAACCCACGAGCAUGGAUCAAGCACUCAACCAAACAGCAGCAAUCGUGAGCAAAGGGAAGACGCUUGUAUUGGGAGCAAAAAGAAGAAAAAAGCACAUCGGCAAAGCGAUGGAAAAAAGUUGGUGGCCAUAUCAGGCACUGUGAAGAAGCACUCAAGGUCCAUAGAAGAAAGCGAACGAAGGAAAAAACUAAUGGAACUUUCCAAAGAUGAUCUUCUUCGCCUGCUCAGCAUCAUGGAAGGAGAAGUGGAGGCACGAGAGGACAUCAUUCACCUGCUGAAGUCUGAGAAGAUCAAUCCUGAAUCUCUAGAAGCUCACUAUGGUUUUGGUGUUCCUGAGAAGAUCCUACGUACAUUGUACAGGGAUUCCUAUCAAGCUCAAGAUAAGAGUUUGGAGGAAGAUGUGUAUGAAAAACCAAUAGCAGAGCUGGAUGUGCUGGUCGAGAAACACAGAGAGACAUAUCGACGAAUGCUUGAACAGCUACUCCUGGCUGAGAAGUGCCACAGGCGUACAGUAUAUGAGUUAGAUAACGAGAAACACAAACACACCGACUACAUGACCAAGAGUGAUGAUUUCACCAAUCUCCUCGAGCAAGAUCGAGAAAGGUUAAAGAAGCUGCUUGAACAGGAGAAGUCCUACCAGGCUCGGAAAGAGAAAGACAGCACCAAGCAGCUUGGCAAAGUGAGGGAGGAGCUGAUCAAGUUGAAAUCAUUCGCACUGAUGCUGGUGGAUGAACGUCAGCUUCACAUCGAGCAGCUUGGCCAGCAAACCGACAGAGUGCAGGAGCUCGUGCAGAAACUCCAGGAGGAGGAAGAGAAGCUGCGAGGUGUCAACGCUGUGGCGAGGGAAGAGGGGCAGAAGGUCGCCCAGCUUGAAGCCGAGAUUGAACAUAAAUCUGCAAAGUACUCCCAGGAGCAUGAUGAGAUGACAGCUAAACUGGCCGCACAGGAGUCUCAGAAACGUCAGUUGAGGCAAAAGCUGGCUAGUCUGACCCGGCAAGUGGAGGAGUUGGAGGAAACCAACAAAGAUCUCCGGAGAGCAGAGCAGGAACUUCAGGAGCAGAGGGACAAAAUCAGCCGUGGAGAAUGUGGUAACUCUAGUCUGAUGGCUGAGGUGGAAAGUUUGCGGAAGCGGGUGCUAGAAAUGGAGGGGAAAGAUGAAGAGAUAACCAAGGCCGAGAAUCAGGGCAGAGAACUGAAGAAGAGAUUGCAACAUGAGCAAGUCCACAGUAAAGAUUUGAAAUUGGAAGUCGAAAAACUGCAAAAGAGAAUGGUAGAUCUAGAAAAAUUGGAAGGUGCUUUUAACAAGAGCAAAUCCGAAUGUUCGCAACUUCACAUCAGUUUAGAGAAGGAAAAGAACCUGACCAAAGACUUGAUCAAUGAGUUGGAAGUGGUGAAAGCCCGAGUGAGGCAAUUGGAGUCGUCGGAAAGUAAAUUGGAAAAGGGUGAAUUGCAUUAAGAUGAUUUAACAAAGCUGAAAUCCUUCACAGUUAUGUUGGUAGAUGAGCGGAGAAAUAUGGCAGACAAACUAAACCAAGAAGAGCGGAAAGUAAGUGAUUUUAAUGCUAAGUUGAAGCUGGAACAAAGCAAAACGACAGAAAUAACCGAGAAACUGAUAGACGAGAGUAAGAAACUUCUUAAAUUGAAAUCGGAGAUGGAGGAAAAAAUAACCAGUCUUCUCAAUGAAAGAGAUACGCUGAAGAUGAAACUCCAAAGUGAAGAGGAAAAGUCAAGUGAUCUGAACUCCAGAGUUAGAGUGUUGAAGAGGAAACUGGACUGUGUGGAAGAAACGGAAAGCAAUAUUGUGCAAAACAGGGCGAAGAAAGAAGUGGAGAAACUUGUGGAAGAGGGUAAUAAAAUGAAAGAGUUAACGUUGGAAAUCGAGCGGUUGAAGGGACGUUUGAAGCAUUUGGAAGUGGUGGAAGGUGAUCUGAUGAAGACAGAGGAUGAGUACGACCAGCUUGAGCAGAAGUUUAAGACUGAGCAGGACAAGGCCAACCUCCUGUCGCAACAACUGGAGGAGAUCAAAAAACAAAUUACCAAAAACAAAGCCAUUGAAAAAGGAGAAGCCAUGAGCCAAGAAGCCGAGUUCCGCAAUCGAUUGCGCUUUGAAGAAGCCAGAUCUCGAGACCUGGAAGCGGAGGUUCAAGCGCUCAAAGAGAAAAUCCAUGAGCUGAUGAACAAAGAAGACCAGCUUUCCCAAAUGCAGGCGGAUUAUUCACUUCUGCAAAAAAGGUUCAAGCAGGAAGAGAAUAAAACGAGUGAGAUGGGACAGGAGGUUGUGACUUUGGUUAAGGAGCUGGAGCUUUCGAAACGAUAUAGUCGUGCGCUCAGGCCCAGCAUGAAUGGCAGGCGUAUUAUUGAUAUCCCAGUGACCUCAACUGCAGUGCAGACUGAUGGUACGAACAACGACCUUGGAGAGGAGGACAAUCCCGCUGUGUUUAUACGGAAGUCUGUACAGGAAGAAAACCAUCUGAUGAGCAAUCUGAGACAAGGAGGGCUGAAGAAGCCCAUGGAGCGCCCUUCUGUUCUUGAGCGAUACCCACCAGCCGCAAAUGAGCUAAGUAUGAGGAGGUCCUGGAUCCCGUGGAAAAAAAAGGAAAACGGAUCACAAAAUGGUUCCGAGAAAGUUAUGCAAACAAAUGGUACUAGCCCAGGCCGUCAUGGGGAGGUGGUACUUUCACAGAAACAAGGGCAGCCCUUGCACAUCAGGGUGACCCCUGAUCAUGAGAACAGUACAGCUACAUUGGAGAUCACCAGUCCACCGUCAGAGGAUUUCUUUUCCACUACCACAGUAAUUCCUACCUUGGGCCAUCAGAAACCACGCAUCACGAUCAUUCCCACGCCCAGCAUGUCAUCACCCAAGAGGAAAGAAUCUGAAAGGUCCCUCUCACCGGAACGUUCGCCGUCUCCAGUUACAAUCACUACAUUCUCCAGAGCAAAGUCUCAAGGAGAAAGAGGCAAAGGGUCUUCUCUGGACAGGUCGACCUCACCAAUUCAGAUCAUGACCGUAUCAACCUCAGCAGCUCCUGAUGGUUCUGUGUCCCCUGAGCCACAUGAACUAAGCAUGGGGCGGGCGGUCUUCAAAGUCACUCCUGAAAAGCAAACUGUGCCAACGCCGAUGCGCAAGUACAGCCCCAACGCAAACAUAAUAACGACUGAAGAUAACAAAAUUCAUAUCCACUUAGGAAGUCCAUUCAAAAGGCCGGGCACUGGCUAUGCUGAGGGUAGUCCUAUGAUAAUGGUCAGGCCUCUGGCUGUUCCACCCGAAAACAAGGAAUUAACAACGGGAACUGUUCUUCGCUCUCCUCGCAACUGCACUCCUAAAGCCUCGCCAAACAAAAUGACCAGCAGCAUCACUAUAACUCCCACAAGUACUGCAUCCACAAGAACUACACAGUCAAUGGCAGGGCAGGAGGGCUCAGCACAGCGGCCUGCACCCACCCGCAUCCCCAUGUCAAAAGAGAGUAUAAUCAUUCAUCAAAUGCGGAUGACCUGAGCAUGAGAACCCUACGCAACUGGUUGGGAGCAUCCUGUGAUGUACUACACUCUGUCAUUGCCAGCUGGAAGAAGCAUUGCUAGGCCACAGCCACCGUCUCACUUUAGUGUUGUAUGCUGCUGACCACUACCAGAGAGACACUGUAAUUAUAUUUUUGUAGAAAUGUAAGAUUUUAAUAUGGUUUUAGUCUAUCUGCAUAGAAGUGGCCCACCAAUGCUUUUGUGAACGGUGAGAAAUUGGGAUGGAGCGGGACAGGACUGAAGCACUGCGUCCAAGUUGUUGCUGCACAAACAUUGUGCAGGGCAGGUCUAUGACGGUCUCUCUCCUUCCUCCCUCUUUGUGUUUUGCUAGUGUUGCAACAGGAAGAUGUAUUUGGCACAGGAUUCACAUUGCUGUGACUGUUCUCCCUCAACAGUGACCCCUUUAAAGCCUGCAUUUAGUGAAUCAAUACAGUUCACUGUUCUUCUGACCUGUGCUCGUUCAGCAAACAUAAGGAUUUCAGUUUUUUUUAAGUCUGUACUAUAAUUUAACUUGUUUACCUCACUGAUUUGGUGUUUCAAUUUGAACUCUUUGUUACUGCAAAGUCACUUAACAGCUUGGUUUGAGGGCAUGGGUAGGGGCAAUUUCUUCAAACUUUCUGAAUUGUGUUUCUGGAAUACCUUGUAAUGUUUUUUUGAAUUUGAAAUGUUCUGUAUUUUUAAAAAGUUUUGGGGCUAUUUUGUUAAAAAUAUUAAAUCUUUUGAAUGCUGCACUGGGUGGGGGGCGGGGGUGUCAGUCCUCCAGGCUGUGGUCAGAUUCUGCCCUCUGCUGUUGUUCCUGUAAAGGAGCCACAUUGAAUAGCACUCCACAACUGUUCCUUUUGCAAUGCUGCUUUUGAAUGGUUGCAGAAAGUCUUUCCUUCAAGCCAAGGUGCUGCCACAGCCCAAAGGCACGAGAAGCUGCUCACAGAGUUUCAUAUCUGCCACUCCUUUCUUACUCUGGUUUUUAAAGUCUAUUGUACACUGUCGCUGUCUGCAAGUGCAAUUCCAACUUUUAAUAAUUAAAACCUGUAGAUUUAAUUAA